AUGGCCUUUGGCCUCUACAACUGGUUCAGCAUCAUGGAACCGUACUACGAAAAUGCGACUCUUGCCUUGAUCUCCAAUGUGAGCACCCGAAGUUCCAGAGGUGGUCAGUUCAUCGACGUGGCUGCUUUGGAAUUCACACCUUCCACAGAUGUGAAUGAGAGUCUGACCAUGGCCUACAAGGACGGACGCUCCUAUUGUGUAGCGCCCAUCACGACGGCAGGCCCACCGAAAGCUGCCCCUCCAGCCUUCUACGAGUUUUGGGCAGUUGGUGUGGAUUGUUGCAGCCCCUUUGAGCCCAAAGUCUUCAUGUGCGGCGAGCCCAAUGAUGACGAGGCACGUGGCGGUUUUCGCUGGACAGACUCAUCGCAGAUUCCCAACUUUAGGAAAGCCAUUCAGCAAGCUCAGGAGGAAUACAAGAUCCGCGCGGGUGAGAACCUGAUUUUCCUCCACUGGACCGGAGAUCCGGUGGCCAAGAUCAACGAGAAGUCACUGCAGGGCUGGGCCAACUUCCGCCUGGCCGUGGCGGUCUAUUUGGCGCUUUCCAUUGUGCUGAUGCCUCCUGGCAGUGAUCACGACUUUAGCUGUGGCCGCCGCGAUGCCGUGCUGUGGAGGCUGCUGCAGCAGUCAAGCUUCAGAUCCGGAGGUGCCUCGCUGCGAGGUGAACUUGGAGGAGGCUGGAGAGUACAGCUUGAAGCUGGGCGUCCGUCUUCCGAGAUACGGUUUCUUGCCACCGUCGCAAUGGCGGAGAGGGCAGGAAAUCCAGUGCAAUCCUCAGAGCUUUUGGCCACGCUUUCAGUGCUGACGCUGGGUGGUCCAGAUUGCGACAUCAAGGGUCCCAAGAAGGACCUCAUCAGCUGCAGGUGUGGAGGCAAAGUCGUGCACCAGGUCAAUGAGCUUCUGCCCGACACCAGGUAUACGGUGGAGGUCUCCAUUGUAGAUGAUGCGAUGCCUCUGAAAUCUGCUUCUUCUAGUCUCGAGGUGCGCACUGCUCCAGCCAGAACCUGUCAAUUCGCGGAGGAGGAUUGGGGCCAGGGUUUCAAGAAGACGGAGGACGCAGAGGACGCCAAGAAGGGCGACAAGGAGCGCAGUGCCCCGAGCCGGAUCACGUCCGCGAGGAGUGAAACUGAAAGAGGUCGAUCGCAUGCUGGCCCUUCGAUGACGCCACAGCAACCGGCUGUUCCAAGAUCCGUCUCAGGCGCAGAUGAUUCCACCAUUGCUCCGAGCGAAGUGGACGGUGCUGACCUGCAAGAGCGGAACGAAGAAUGGGACUUUUCAGCCGAGGAAAUUUGCAGAGAAAGAGUUGUGGAGGACGAUGCGGUAGAAGAGAUGGGAUGUCUUGAUGUUGCUCGCGCAAGAGGCGCUGGAGAGGAGGGCCUUGGGCAUUUUCCUGGAAGCUCUCGGUGCCUCCAAGGGCACAGUGAACUUGCGCGACUUUCGGCAGAGUUGCUUCACCGGCAACAGGACGCUCUACAUCUCCGGAGCUUCCCCGGACGUUUUGUGCCCUGCCGGACGCACUUCGGAACGGGCUGA